GAAGCCACGACCAUGAGAAUGUCUCCCGUUGGGUCGAAGUACUCCAUGAGAGCCACAAUCAGAGACACAUCGAUACGUGGUAUAGCUAGCUAGUUUGUCUAAGAAGCACUUUUGGACAUCGCUAGGCUGCAAUGUGUAGUAAGAAGUGGCGUGGCUCCAAGCGAGAGUAGAGCAGAGCAAACGAAGUCGGCGGAGCAGGGAGGUAAGAUGCACAUCACUACAGGCGACAUCUUCCUGACGCUGGCAAGCUCCGGCCACUCGGCACCUCCCACGUCUCCAUCGUCGUGGUCGACGGACGCGAUCAGGUCAUCCAGCGAGCGACUCAGCUUCUCCUCAUUCUCUUUCUUCUUCCUGAACAUCAUGGGAGAGCGAGAGUUACCGAGCGAGUACUUUUCCUUCUUGCUGGCCAUGUCGACAGCUUGUUCGGCAGGGUCAGCACCGCACAGGAUCGCAGUUUGGGCUCGGAGCGCUCCGUAUCGGCAUUUUUAUUGCAUUCCGCGAGAGCCACAACAUUGCUGGAGGCCAGCCACGCCCUCUUCUAGAGCUUGUAAACGUUGGAGGCGUGGCUAGCUCGGCUAGAAGGCGUGGCAUGUGCGCACCUGCAACUGAGCAGCCACCAUCAACCACCAGGCAUCUAUGCUGCAACUCUCGAUCAAUGGCGGGAGCCAUCGACGUUGCAGCUCGUGCUGCUGGUCUCAACGUUUUACUUCAGGUACUGCUGAGGGUGAGUACUUUUGUCCUCAACGGCGUGGUCCUACGCUACGUACAGGCCUACCUGCUGGGAGUGGUCAACUUGAGGUUGACUCUUCUCUAUGACACGGUGCUGUUUCUCUCGCGCGAGGCUCUACGGAAGGCAGGCCUCAGCCAGACCACCAGUCACACAGAAUGGAGCCACACCUCCAACCUCAUGUGGUGCUGUGUUCCAGCUGGGAUCGUCUCCUCCUUGUUGCUAGGCACCCUGUGGGUGAGCCCCCUAAUCAACCAGCCUAACGUGGAUCACGAUCGACUUGGAGUCAUGGUAUUCUGCAUCUCGGCUCUGGUUGAGUUGACUGUGGAACCAGCAUGGGUUCUAGUCCAGUUAAACCACUACGUCACACUAAAGGUGUUAGCUGAGGCUCUGGCACAUGUGGGUCGCUGUUUGGUGGUAGUGGUUGGCGUGACAACGACCCCUGACUCCGGUCUCCUGGUGUUUUGUGCUGGACAGCUGACCUUCUCCGUCAGCUAUGCUCUCAUAUACUACGGCUACUUCACCCUCCACCUCGCCCGCUCCCACCCUCACUCCCUCCCCAUCCGCACCAUGUCACACAUUCUCCCUUCACCUGCCUCCGACAAGACUUGGUUCAGUAAGGAUGCACUGACUCUCUCCUGGAGUUUCUUCAAACAAUCGUUUCUCAAACAAUUCCUCACAAACGGGGAGCGCUACGUGAUGACAGUAUUUGGUGUCCUCACCUUUGCUCAGCAGGGGGUCUAUGACAUCAUCCACAAUCUGGGCUCCAUGGUGGCGAGAUUCAUCUUCUUGCCCAUCGAAGAGAGUUUCUAUCUUUUCUUUGCCAGUGUUCUGUACAGAGGGGAACCCCCUACUCGUCAGAGAGAGGGAGCUAUUGGGCUAUCAGCCACAACUCUGACAAUGCUACUCAAGUUUGUACUCCAUGUGGCCCUCGCAAUACUCUGCUUUGGCUACUCCUAUUCCUUCCUCGCUCUCAACAUAUACGGUGGCUCGUUACUGAGUGACGGGGAGGGGCCUACCCUCCUCCGCUGGUACUGUGUCUACGUCUUUAUGCUGGCAGUGAAUGGAGUCACCGAAUGCUUCGUAUUUGCCGCCAUGAGCCAGUCACAGGUUGACAGCUACAACAAGAUGAUGCUAGUGUUCUCGGUGGUGUUUCUGGCGGCGUCCCUUAUGCUGACGCGGCUGCUGGGCAGCGUGGGGUUCAUUCUUGCCAAUUGUAUCAACAUGAUCGUCCGCAUAUUUCACAGCUGCCACUUCAUUCAGAGGUUCUUUCAGGACACUCCCCACACACCCCUCACCUCCUCCCUCCCCUCCCUCCCCACCUGGCUCACCUUUCUCACCGCUUUCACAAUCACUGCUUCCUCUGAGUAUUUCCUGUGCUGUGAUCAAGGGUGGGAGUACAGACUCCUCCACGUCAGCAUUGGAGCCGUCACCAUGGGAACCGUGAUCGUCGUUGUCAUGACAACCGAGAGAGAACUGUUGCUAUUUUUAGCCGGGCGUCUCCCAGUUAGAGUCCAGGGACUUCUGAGAAGACUUGGAGUGAUCACGACAAAGACGGAAUAGUCGUGUUUCAUAACAUUUUGACACAUUCGUGUGUGGUACAGACAGGCAUGGUUGUUGAGUAAAGUUACUGCGGAAUGCGCACACACACACACACACAACACAGUAUAUUGCAGGUGAUGGCAGUUUCAGUAUUGCAGAUUGGCAUUAGACUGGUGAGUGUUGGUUGUUUGGUUGUCAAGGUGGCACGUAGUCGGGGGGAAUUAGGGCAGCCCCUGCCAGUCUCCCCUCGUCAAGGAGGAAGUUGAAAGUAGCACAGGCAUUUGGCUAUAGGGGCGAAGGAGGGAGGGAAGGAAAGGUACAGCGAAAUCCACGAAAAAGGACAAAAUAUAAAGUACACUCUCCAUAAAGCACACAUGGUUCUGCCCCAUACUAAUACACCAGUGUUUUAACACCUCUGAAUAGGAGACACAGCGAAUGAAUGUCCCAAGGUGUCCUUUAUUCAGAGGUUUCAGUGUAUCAGUAAAUUUAGUAACACGAGAGGCAGUAGUUUGUGAGGAUCUCACAGUGUCUUGGAUCUCAAGACUUAUUCCCUUUCUCUGGAGAUAGCUCCUGAUUGCAGGGUCCACCCUCUCCACCUUUGACCCCGUCCCCAAGACUACCCACCAAUCUUUGGUUCGACUAAGUGGAAGAGAGAGAAGCUUUCGGGCGUCAAAUCAUCCUUGCUAGCCACCUAAAGAGAGAUAAAACUCAGACAUUCUAAUACUGAGACUUACUCUCCAGUGGAGCAUGCCUCUAGGCAGCAGAGCCACCGAGCCCAUCACCCUAGCCCCGCUAAUCAUGAACCCAUUAGUAAAGUACGCCUGCACCAGCGGAGCAUUCUGGACAGGGUCCACUUUGCUGAGAGCUGCUGGCAGAAAAAUAUCUCCGUCUGGGCCGCUGCAUAGAGAUAUUCACCACUGCUGUUUGGACCAAACAAACGGUGUAUACCUGUAAGAUCUUCUGCAGCGAGAGCAUAUCAGUGGAAGGCUUCUUCGCAAAACGGCAG